GCCUCUUUUAGCCUAAAGGAUCUUGGCGAGCUUUCUUAUUUCCUCGGCCUCGAGGUUACUCGUAGCUCUCAAGGUGUUUUGCUCAGUCAACGUAAGUACAUUACUGAUCUUCUUGAGGAUCAUCAUUUUGCAAACUGUAAACCUACUGCCACAACAAUGGAACUUAAUUUAAAAUUGGGUCGUGACUUUGGUACCCAUCCUGUUGACGACACUUCCUACCAUAGUAUUGUUGGUAGUCUCAUUUACCUGUCAGCUACUCGUCCUGACAUAUCAUAUGUUGUCCAGCUUGUGAGUCAAUUCAUGUAUGCUCCACGUACCAAUCAUCUUGCCUCAGUUCAUAGAAUUCUACGAUAUCUCCAAGGUACUCGGGAUUUUGGUAUGUCCUUUCCUUCGACCGAACUAGUUGGUUUACGUGCAUAUUCUGACUCCGAUUUUGUCGAGUGUGUUGACACUCGUCGGUCUACUACUAGCUAGUGCAUUCAGUAUGGUGAUGCUUUUCUUUCGUGGCGUUGCAAGAAGCAGGAUAAGGUAUCUAAGUCUUCUACUGGGGCAGAGUAUCACUCCAUGUCCGAUGUUGAUUUAGAGCUCGCGUGGCUUUGUAGACUUUUGGUUGAUCCCGACAUGGUAUGUCCUCUUCUAAUGGAUCAUUUUGUUGACAAUACAAGUGCUAUUCGUAUCGCCGUUAAUCUUGUUUUGCAUGAUCGUACUAAACAUAUCGAGAUCCACAUUCAUUAUAUUCGUGACUUGGUUCGGGAUGGCGAGGUUACUUUGCAUUACAUACGCAUGGACGAGCAAGCUGUUGAUAUAUUGACCAAGGCUUUUCCUUCGAUUCGCCACUGGUACUUGUCUAGCUAAUUGAUGCUCACUACUCCGCAUCAAUUUGGGGGAGGCUGUUAGACGAGAGUAUCUCGUUCUUUUGUACAUAAACUUUAAUAUGUUGUGUAGUUAGGUGGUAGUGUUUUGUUUUGAUUGGGCCUCUUGCCUAAGGCUUGGCCGAUCGUGAGAAGUCUUGGUGGGCGGUUGUGUUUCUUCCACUUCUAGGGGUUCAGUUACAUAGUAAAGGCUUUUGGGUGCUGGGGAAUGUGUGUUUGGUUACGUAGUAACGUUUGGGGUGUGGGGAUAUAUCUUGAGCUGUAACAAUGGUGGAUGUACACGAAAACUAUGAUAGUGAAUUGGUGCUCGAAGGGUUCUAGCUCUUUCGUGGAUUAGUCCUGGAUUUUCAGGGAUACCGCGUAAAUCGUGCGUACUUUUUCUUCUUCUCUGUGAUUGGCUUUCAUAAACAAGACUGGCCCUGGUGUGGGAGCUUGGUUACAGGAAAGUCUGCCUCUACACCGACUCAACUACAACCAUUUGCAUUUUUGAGAACAUAAAUGACAUAAACCACAGACAUGGAAUCUCAGUGCUGGCGAUUAAUCGGCUGCUGGAUCUUGAUUGAGAGGUUUCUAUCUCUCACACUUUCAGGGAAUAUAAUUUUGCGACUGAUUUCCUUGCUUGUAAAGGACACGACCUUGAUUUUGGCACACAUCCUAUCGGUAAGUGCUAUCCAGGUCGCCGAUACUUGAUUAUGUAUGAUGUACUGGGGAUCACCCAUGAAAGUUCAAUCAUUAAUGUGAUUUAAGACGCUUUGGCGUGUGUCUUCUACCAAAAAAAAAAAAAGACCUUCCUUUCAAGUUUUGAUCCAACAUACUGUAUGAAAUUUUAUCUGAAUUAGAUCGUCCAUGCAUAUGUUGUGGUCUACACUAUACAAAUACAAAUAUACAAUAUAGGAACAAUAUUGAGCUUUAUUUUUAUGAGUCUUAAAGGAAGAAACGUUUGAAUCUUGAGUAGCUAUGCAAAGUAUUAAGUAUGUGUAUAUAAUAUAUAUUAGAUAUGUAGCUAAUAACUUAACUGGUUACUAUGACAAAAAAUUCCUUAACUGGUUAAUUUGGUUUGAUUGGUUAGGAGUGUUUGAAACCAAACCGAACCACCUAAGCCAAACAAGCUAAAAAACUUAGCCAAACCAAACCAAUUAUUCAAAUUAACUAAAUUAAAUUAUACAAAUACUACCGGUUAAAAUGGUUACCACGGUAACUAGUUGGUUUGAACACCCCUAUUUCGGGGCACUCACUUUUUAAUGCACCCAACUAUAAAAGUGGUCAUAAUAGAUCGAAUUUUAAACUUUAAUUGGUAGCAUUAGUCUAAAAUGAAGAUAUAACAUAGAAUCGCAACUAAUUUAUCCAGUACCCUAACCCCUUAACCUUCAAUUUUGAAUCCCACCCAAAACCUCAAAUUGUAAACGUAAAUCCUAACCCUAAAUCCAGCCCUAAAUCAUUCAAAUUAAGUAAAUCUUGAAUGAUUUUGUUUAAAAUCAUCAAAUUAACUGGAUUUUGGGGCAUGAUACUAUACCCUAACCUUGAUGAGUGAUGUCGAUUGUUGUGUCGCUACCAAAUUUACAGAGCACACUGAUAACACCCAAAUUGGUGUUAUUUACCCUUCAUAUUUAGGUUUCUUUCGUGCUAAUUCAUGUGCAUAAUCGAAAGAAUAACAUCAAUUGCAUCCCUAUUCCUUUCUUAUGUGAUUAUGAUGUGAUUUUAUGGGGCUUGUUCAAUUGUCAAAUAAGAACUUGAAAAUAGAGUGGUGAUUGAUGUUGUGGAUACUGAACUCUCGUGCAAUCUUUCACGUGGAAGAAUGCUCGAUAAGUAUAAAUCGAUGCUGGACACGAUCAAUGGGGAUCAAUUGAUCGAUACAAUCUCUUAAAUCCCUAUGAUGACUCGGUAUUUGCACAUGUUUUCCCCUUUGUUUCUUGAUUGUUUGAGCUUGAAUUAUCGUGUCUUUGGCCUAUUUUACGCUAGGUUGUGUUCCUUUGUCACAUUUCAGGUCCUAGCACAUAAAGUGAAGCAUAGGCGCAAGUUUCAAGUCAAUCAGAGAUCAAUUGACGAUUCGGGAGAAGAAACUCGGGUAUGACCUGAAGAAGAAUGGAUUUCUACCUCACUUUAUGGACAAAGAAUCAUGCAAGCUUGUCAUGAAAAGAAAGAGGACGAGACUACGAGCGUCUGGGAUCAAACGGCGACUGAUUCGGAGUCCGGACGAGGGAGAAACGAAGCAUUAAACAGAGGCUGAGCAAGCCACACGGGCACAACCCACACGGCCGUGUGACCUGGCCAUGUGGCCGUGUGGAAAUCACCGAGCCUUCACACAGGCAGCUGGGAAAGCCACACGGCCGUGUGAGUCGGGAAUUGCUGUUUAAAACCCGAUUUUCAGCAAAAGGAAAGGGGGAGAGCUGGGUUUUGGAUCCCAAACACCCAAGGGACGAACCCUAGAGAGAGAGAGCGACUUGGGAACAUUCUUGGAGCUAUUUUGGAGGAUUUCUUCGCCAUUGGAGCUCGGGAAUCAAGCUUGGAGAUGGAGAUUGAAGAUCUAGAUCAGAUUUCUGCAGUCUCUCUCUUCUCUAUGGAGUAACUUCCCUUCACUUAGGUUUUGAGGAACCUUAGUUCCAUGAGUUAGGAUCUUUCUUGUAUGAAGUUUUGGAUGCUAUAUUGUUUGAUUAUAAUCGAAUGAUGCAUGUUUAUUGAGUCAAUUGAAGUCUGAUCAACUUUUCCUGAUUCCUGCUGCAAUCUGAGAUAGAUAGAAUCUGAUUAGGUUGCUAGAGUCUCAUCAUUCGGUAGUAGGAGAUUGGCUAUACGAGAGUUAGCCAGUUUACUGCUUUGUACUGUAAUCCAAUUCCAGUAGUGGAGUUCUGUGCUUAUUGCUUCAGCUUUCUAUCCCGGUGAAGACUAGUCGUCUGCCGGAUAGUUAGACUGAGAGGGCUUGGUCAGCUUAAGAGAUUCCAAGCUACUGUCGGAUCUUCCGCAGUUUAAUCAACAGUAAAUCAACCAAAAGGAAUUACAACUUGGACCUAAUUGAGGAGCUAGGGGGAAUCAUACCUAAGUGAGUUCCCAAACUGUAAUUAGUAGUUUUCCUUAGUUUAGUUAGUAGAAUAGUUUAGUUAAUCAAUCCUUAAUCUAGUUUGCUAGAUAAUGAACUGAAGCUGAGUAAUAAUAACUCUAGAGACCCGUGGAUUCGAUAUUUAUUACGUGUGCCACUAUAUUGCAGUCCCUUUCAUUGGUUACACUUGGCCAUUGUUAGGUGUUGUGUUUUAGAGCAUCAAGUUUUUGGCGCCGUUGCCGGGGACUUUCUAGAGUAUUAGGAAAGGCAGAAGUUUGUUACUUUAGCAUUUUUCUUUUCUUUUCCACCCUUGCUUUUCACUUGGGUGUUUUUGUUUUUGUUGGUGCAGAUCUGAAUCAUGGAUCCUAAUGGCUUCUCCAAUCAUUGGGGGUAUCCACCACCAUCCGGGUGGUAUUACCCCGCGACUCCCUACAGCAAUCAAGGAGGAGAAGACUAUGGAUUCGGGUUCCAGUACCAACCCCCUUACUACGGAGAACAAUCAGACCCCUGGGCAUAUCAAGAACAACCUCAUUACCAAGAAGACUUUCUCCCACAACCAGAAGGGCCAUCGGAGCUGGAGUUACCCAUGGCGGCCUUCACGGGCCACUCUGCAGAGCCAUGCUACACUUCACUGGAGGAUCCGAACGAACAAUUAAGGCUUCUCGUGGAGCAGUUUGCUCGAGACACUGAGAAAUCAUGCUCCAAGAUGGAUCUUCAAAUCAAAGCCCUUGCCACUUCCGAUCCCUCAUUUCUCCAUGAUAUGGAGGAGACUGUUCAGCGCUCAGCGAAGCAAACAGAAUGGGUGAAGCAAGUUUGCUCACAUCUUGCUCAAGAUCACCUUUCUGCUACCACGCUAGAAGAGGUGGAGGAUGACAAAGGCUAUGGGAGUGUUGAGGAGCAUACAGAAGUUAUCACAGAGAACUCCCAUGAUAACCAUGAUCAGGAAAGUCCUUUGGUUGCAGACCACACCUUUCCUCAUUUAUGCUCUAACAUGCUGGGCCCGUGCGAGGAGAUGCAAGAUGAUCCCAUUGAAGAAAUUGCUUGGCGACUUGCUCUCCAAUCUGUUCUAGAAGAAGAAGAGCGAGCAAGGAUGAGGAAGGAAGUUGUGGAUGAUGAGGAAGAAAGAAAAGAAGAGGUGGUUCUUGAUCUUUUCCCAGGGGAGAGACCACAUUUUGAAGAAGGAAGGGGGGUUGAGGAAGCAAUUGGCGUCCAGGCUGAGGAUGAAGUUGAGGUGGAAGAGGCAUGCACCGGCCAUGAGUUGCAAGUAAUAUCCCCACCAAACUUUGAGGAACUGCUUGGCAAGGACCCAUUUGCAGUGUCUCUUUGCCAGACCAAGGCCACAUCGACAUCGAUCCCUCUUGGUGGACGCGAUGGUGGUCGGUCGAUGCUGUCAUAUCUGGUUUGGGCCAAUGAGACGAGAGAAGAGAAGAAGAGGUCUCGAGGGUGGAGACUUCAUCUGCAUCAAGUACAUGAGCCUUCAUCACCUGCCACACCACAUGCUCGUGACUUGAGACUCCACCUCAUCGACGAGAACCUCAACUUCAAGGAGGUUCUAGCAUGGACCGAACUUAGGAGCCAUCGUCCGGCUCACGACGUGAAAGAAGCGCUUGUUGGGAGGUAACCCAACCAGUCGGUUUGCAUUUCUUUCUCUAUUUCUCCUCGGUUGAGUCAGUUUUGUUAUUUGAUUUUAGAGUCAAUAACUCAACCUUUGUGAGAUUUUGUGUGGUGUUUGUGUUCUGAUUACUCUCUCUUCCUGGAAUGCACUGCUUGACCCGUACAUCAUCAUUCACCCUUGAUCUGGUAACUUCGUUCUACCCUCCUUAUCUUUCCUCCAUUGAGGACAAUGUCGUGCUUAAGUGUGGGGGGGUGUUCGAUUAUGUAUGCGGGUGAAUGUUUGGCUGUUUGUGUGCUUGGAGCCUAGUCCACUGUCCAAAUUUUUAAAUUUGAGGGCUCCAAGUACGUGUUUCCUUGCAAAUUGUCUGCUCAAUAUGCUUUGAAUUGACAGUCUCUAUAGUAAUGUGCAACCUAGGGAGGUAGUGUAGCACUAUGGAGGAUGCUGAAGUAUAAGAUUUUUCCUAUCUAGCUCUCUGUUGUGCCAGUUGAUUUUGUGAAUUAGUGGAGCUAAGACCGUUGAAUUCAUGUGGUAAUGGUGACUCUGUUUGGAUUAUGUUAUGGACUCGUGUAUCGAAUAGGGUGCUCAUAUGGAAAAUGGGAAGCAGUUGGUCCUCCAUGUCAAAAUCAUUAAAUCUUAAACAUGGGG